GAAAACAUGCAGAGAGAUGCCAUUCUCAUAAACCAGAGUUCAGUUAUGCAAAUCCUAUUAAAAGCACUGCUUCAAUGUUUUAAUUAAACAACUAAAAGCAGGGAAAUUCUUUAAGGGACAAAACAAAUAACCCCAGGCAGAAACAUGUAUCAUUGCAGAUCUUAUAUUUCUUUAUAUUUCAAGAUAAGAAAAGUUCUUAUUUAUACUAAAUAAAGGCAGAAAAAUAAAAGAAGAAAUGCCCACAAAAAGCUGUUUCUUUUGGUUUGUGGCAUAUAUUAUCACCUAUUUAUAGGCCUUUUUACCAGCAGUGCAUGUGUUAAUUUGCAUAAUGCUGACAGCUUUAUCAACCCUUCCUAUUUUGUUCAUUACUAGAGUGGAAAAAGUGGUGAGAAGCAGCUUCCCUAUUCUGACAGGCUACAGUCACAGUCAACUCUUCACUUAUCUGUAAGAAGUUAAAAACAGCCAGGCAGCAGCAGUAAAUGACCUUGCUGCACUAUAAACAUUUUAUUAAAGUCUAUUAUUAAAGGCUGAGUAGAAGAUAUCAACUGCAUGGAUACAGUGAAUGCUCGUAAACUGGCGCAUUUGGAAAUUAGUUUGAGUAAUGGGGAAUGUGCAGGCGAUACUGAAGUCUAGAGGGGACUUCAUACAAACUACGACCACUACCAAUCUUCCAUCAAGUGUAAUUGAAAAGGAACCAGCAGUGGUGUUGAGUGACUAUCCUCCCCCUGAAAUUUGUGAGCCCCUGUUCAGGACAGGAGAAUGGCUGAGACUCCUAUCUGAAGAGGGCUAUUGGGUGAGGGUUUACUCUCUCCAGACAAGAGAGGAAAACUACAUCCCACGCUGCCAUGUAGCUAAGGUUUACCAUGGGUGGUUGUUUGAAGGUGUUGCAAGGCAAAAAGCCGAGGAGCUGCUUCAGCUACCUGGGAACAGAGUCGGGUCUUUCAUGAUCAGAGAGAGCAGAAGAGGUGUGUAUAGCUUGUCUGUGCGCCACAGAUCUAUAGUGCAUUACCGGAUACUCCGUCUGCCAAACAACUGGUACUUCAUCUCUCCACGUCUAACGUUCCAGUGCCUAGAGGACCUGGUCAACCACUACUCUGACAUAGCAGAUGGUCUGUGUUGUAUACUCACUGGUCCUUGCCUGGCAGUCCCUGAUCCAGUAUGCAUCUCGCAGUCUGCUCCUAUAGUGAGAGCUGACAGCUUUAACUGGGCACCAGUGGACAGAACGGAGCUUGAAUACCAGAAUACCACUGCUGUCUCUGCACAACAAGAAUCUUACAUCAGUACCGGAGUGCAGGACAGUGUAUCAUCCUAUCUCUCGCUUGCAGGAGUGGAAGAGAAAAAGAGGCAUAGCUGGAAGAGGAAGAAAUGGAGAUCUGUCUAUGCAUUUCCAAGGCAACAAAUGUACAGUAUGGUCACAGAAGAAGAGGACCAUGAGGAGGAAUACUAAACAAAAAGAACAAAACAAUCAUAACUAAAAUCUAUACCCCAAAUGGAUAAAAGCUAAGAAAUAAGUUUCCUUUCUUUCUAUAAUUUAGGAGGUAGGAAGACACCUUGCCAUAGAUGUUUGGAUGUAGAAAACCUUGCAAAUUAAGUAUUUCGCUCAAACUACUGCACCUUUUCACACAGUUUCACACUGCCUGCUUCUUCGUACCAAACAUGGACAAAGAAUUUUUAUUCUUGUACUUUAUCCUCAUUCUUGUGCACCGUCCUCUCAUGAUUCAUACACUUACCAUAAGCAAAGCCUGGUGGAACAGAGAUGAGGACGAAGACGAGGACAGAUGAAGGCUGGCAAUGUCAGCACCAUUUCUGUCUGCUCCCACUGUCACUCUGGUGGGGUCUCCCCCGAAAUGAGCAAUGUUCUCCUGUACCCACCCCAGUGCCGCUGCCUGGUCCUGUAGCCCAUAGUUCUCAGAAAGAGUAUUGGAACCUGUAGUCAUGUAGCCAUGUGAACUAUAAUGCUGUGGAUGAGUUUUUACAAUCUACAACCCAGUAAUCUGUAACUAAUGGAUACCAUAGUUAACAGAGUCACUUUGUAUCUGGCUAUCCCUAAUAUUCUACAAUAUCAAUUCUAAUAUCCUUAAUAUCCUACAAUAUCUGUAGUAUUACAACAUAAGAAUCCACACUAAAGCGUAGCAUUCUUGUAAGGAUAGAAAGUUAGUGUUGUCUGGAACAGACUAGCUUCUUACAGUAUAUGUGCAUUAAAUAUGAUAAAUAAUAAAGUUAUAUAAUAAAA